AUGGGAAACUGGUAUUCAACAACUACUGCUACUAAUGAUGAAUCUCAAAAUGAUGAUAGUCAACAAAGGGAUCUGUCAGAACAAGAAGGACAAGAAGAGUUAGAUAUCACACCAGUGUCAUCUGAUAUUAAAAAGAUAAAGAUCUAUACAAAGACUGGUGAUAAAGGUACUAGUAGUCUUUUUAAUGGUGAAAGAAGACCAAAAGAUGAUACUGUAUUUAAUGUAUUGGGUUCAUUGGAUGAAUUGUCUGCUCAUAUUGGGUGCGUAUAA